AUGCUAGAAGCACACUCCACACUCUCCGCGGUGGUCCUUGCCCUCAUCCUUCUGAUCCCUCUCAUCCCAACCCUCAUCAUUCCCGAGCUCAAGGGAUGGACCAACCACAACAAUCCUAGACGAUGGCUUCCACCAUUUUCACGCCUAUGGCGUCGCACUCCGAGGCAAUCAAGCGAAAUUGUCUCGUUGCGCAUGUACCCGAUCAAAUCGUGCCGCGGCUUCGAGGUGCAGGAGACGACGCUGCGGGAGCACGGGCUUGAUCUCGACCGGCGCUGGAUGCUGGUCGAUGCCGCGACCAAUCAGUUUCUGACUAUCCGCCAGAUCCCGAAUAUGACGCGGAUCACGACGGCGUUGAGUGCGGAUGGGGAGGAGUUGGUUGUGCGGGUUCCGAGGGAGAUCAACAACCACAACAACAAAACUGAUAUUGCUAUUGAUAUUGAGACUGAAGAUGUUGAGUCUGAGGAUAUGCACACCAUCCGCAUCCCAUCCCAUCCAACCCCCACCUGGCUCGCCGCAAACACCACCCCAGCCGCAGUGCGCAUCUGGGACACCGACACAGACGGCUAUCUCUACAGCGCAGUCAUCAACGCGCCCUUCUCACAGUUCCUCGGCCGCCCCGUCGCUCUCGUCUACAAGGGCCCCGCCGCGCGCAUUCUGCAAGGCAACGGCGCGCCCAGCCAACUGGGCCGCGUCCAGACGACAGGAUUCCCGGACGUGCACCCGGUGCUGAUGGCGUCGGAAGCGUCGCUCGCAGAGCUGAACACGCGGCUGCGCGGCGCGGGUCUGGACCCGAUUACUGUGGAGAGAUUCCGGCCGAAUAUCGUUGUGCGGGGUGAGAAGCCGUGGAGCGAGGAUUCGUGGAAACUUGUGCGGAUUCGCGAGGAAAGUCGUUGUGAUUCGACUCCACCCAGUGCAAGGGCGCCAUUGACUAUCCCGCUUGAUCUUGAUAUCCUUGCUCGCUGUGCUCGCUGCCAGGUGCCCAAUGUAGAUCCUGUCUCUGCGCGCAAGCAUAAGAAGCAGCCGUGGGAUACGCUUAUAUCGUAUCGGCGGGUCGAUGAGGGGAUCAAGUUUAAGCCGUGUUUUGGGAUGCUGAGUGCCCCGCGCCAGGAGGGUGUUGUGCGCGUUGGGAUGAAGGUUGAUGUGCUGGAGGAGACGAAGGAUCAUCGGUAUAUCACUGGGUUCUGA